AUCUCAGUAUAAAAUCUUUUACUGUAGUGAUGGCUAUGUUGGCAGAUAUUCCUGUUGACUUUGAACAAAGUUUGAUUGAAUUCUCGACAUCUUUGUAUCACGGAUUGAACAAGUUAGACAGUGUUUGCUUGUCACCGUAUAGCAUCACAGCGGCAUUGCUAUUAUUGAUGAUUGGAGCAAGUGGACGAUCAAAGCAACAAAUUUCAUCUGCUCUUUUUCAAAAUAGCUUAUAUUCAGAAGAGCAAAAGUUGAAGUUUUACAAGUCACUUGAUAGUCAACUAACUCAAAAAGCUGGCGUCAAUGUUAGUUUUGCUAGUGCAAAUAGGCUCUUUGUAAGCGACCAACUCACAGUGAUGCAAAAUGUCCAAGAAAAUGCAAAACGAUAUUUUGGAGCCGAUGUCAGUUUAAAGAACUUUAUAGAAUCUAAAGAAUCUGCGUACGAGAUGAAUAGAUGGGUGUCAGAACAGACUGACGGUAAAAUAAAAGAUUUGAUCAAGGAGAAAUGGUUAGACCAAAACACUGUAAUGUUCAUAAUAAAUGCUAUAUACUUUAAAGCCACAUGGGAGAAACAAUUUUCUCCAAAAAAGACACACAAAGCCAACUUUUACCUUCCUAAUAACAAAACGAUCGAAGUUGAAAUGAUGAGCAACAAACUAUUCAUUCCAUAUUUUCGAGGUGUGGACUUCUCUGCAGUAGCAUUACCUUUCAAAGGAGGAAAUUUUGAUAUGGUCUUCAUUUUACCAAAUGAAAAACACGGGCUUCCAAAUAUAGAAGCGAAGAUAACACCAAUGUUUCUUUCGGAUAUUUCUGCUGGAUUUAUAAGGACGUAUACAUCUGUUUCUAUUCCAAAAUUUAAGUUACAGUCAGAAUUUGAUUUAACAAAUGAAUUACCUAAACUUGGAGUAAAAGAUAUUUUUGACGAAUCAAAAGCUAAUUUUUCAAAUCUUAUUGUUGAGAAGAGAGAAGGUGUAUGCGUCGAUGUUGCUGUUCAUAAAGCCGUCUUCAAUGUGAACGAAGCAGGUAUAGAGGGAUCUGCUGCUACAGCCAUUGGAUUUUCUUUUAGAUUGAUGCCAAUAUGGUUCAGUGCAAAUAAACCAUUUUUAUUUUAUGUAAGAGAUAUUAAAUCGGGUCUUAUUUUGUUUAUUGGACGAUUCCAUCCACAAGUCAAAUAAUUGAUUAUCAUUAUUUACAAAACAGUAGUACAAUACCUUUUAGACAGAACUGUAUAUUAUUACAAGCAAUUAUGGAUCGUCACUGAUGGUAUUACAUAAAUUGUUCAAAUUAAAAUUAAGUGUUUAGAUAUUAUUUAUUGUAAUG